CAAUAUUUGAUAGAUUUCAAUGAGAUCACACCCACCACCCCCCAAUCUUCUGAACUUCAGACCCUACCUUUGACUCUCCUCGUAUGUUAACCCUUUCAUUCCCAGGAUCGUUUUCAUUAACCUUCUCCAGAUCCUUUCCAAAGCCAGCCCAUUCUUUCUUAGGUCAAAUCAGAACAGAUGGAUCCCACAGCGUUCAGUGCCCAGAUGAAGCAAGUUGCCCAGGCCAUGGGCUCGAGUCUAACAGACCGUGACAUUGCUCGCAUGCCGAGCGAACUGAGACUCAGAGGUCCAUUUAAUUACCACAAAUUCUUUGAAUAUAUGGCAACAUUCAAGAAAUCUGAGCAACAGGAGGAAAUAAUCCGGAAAGCAUUUGAACUGCUGGACAGGGAUAAGAGUGGUUACAUUGAGUGGAAUGAAAUAAAGCACAUCCUCUCCAUCAUUCCCUCCAAUGUUCCCGUUGUCCCUCUGUCCGACGAGGAGGCAGAUGCUAUGCUCCAGGCAGCAGACGUGGAUGGAGAUGGAAGAAUUGACUUCAAAGAGUUUCAAGCUAUGAUUAAAGAAGAAAAGAUGCAAAGGAAAAAGUAAGACUCGAGGCAGUCAAAAUUCCCACAAAGACCGUGUGAAGCUGAACCAAGCUGCAAAUCCAGGGGCUUCUGCAUUCUAUUCCCAAUCCCUUUGACCCCGGAAAUAGCCAAAGAUGAUCGCAAACUGCAUUCUGCUUCUUACGCCUGAAACCUCUACCGGGCCAUAGGCCACUGACAGCAGCCUGUUGGAGUCCUCUGUCCUGGGCCACAGGUUGACUUCCAC